UCGACGCACAGAAUAUCGAGUUAAUUCAAAACCAGCUCCUACUGCAUAUUCUUCUUCUUUUACGUUUCACAACAAGUCCGUCCAGCCAUUGCACAAAGUCCUACUGUCGCUGGACACAACCAACCUCUCAACCUCUGCACAUAACCUCGCGCUAGGCGACUAAAAGCAAACAAUUAUCGUCAAAUGAGUCACCCGAAGGUGUAAUAGUGGGUAGUAGUUAUGUCCCGGCGUUUUUGUCUUACGGACGUGGACACUUAGUUCGCGCGAUGGCGAAAAACAAGGCGUCCGGCAUACUGGAGACCAUCGAGCCUCAGGAACGACUGAGACAACUCAUCAACUACAGUAACAUGGUGCAGGUGGAUCCCCACGUGCCUCCGGCGAGGUACUACCGUUCCGGUCUCGAAAUGGUGCGGAUGGCGAACGUUUAUUACGAGGAGGGCAACUUCGAGAACGCCUACUGCCUCUACCUGAAGUUUAUGACAUUGUUUUUGGAGAAGAUUCGCAAGCACCCGGACUUUAACGGGGUCCCGGCUUCGAUGAAGGCGGCGAACCAGGCGACACUGAGGGAGGUGCUGCCCCGGGCCGAGCAGCUCAAAGAAAAACUGAUGGAGGCCUACAAGCAGGACUAUCAGACGUACUGCAUUCAACUGAAAAAACUACAAGAACGUCAAAAAACCAAAGCGGACGACGUCAAAAAACCGGGGGCGACGCUCCCGGUCGCCCCCGCCGAAUUCAUAACCGCCCAGUUACCGGGUCCCAUCGAUGAUGUCAGCUACCCGGACCCUAACCUGACGUCGCCGUCCGUCGCGACGUUGCCGGCUCUUCCUUCGGCCCCGCCCCUCGACGAUAUCCCCGCCCCCCAGCCGGUAGUCGAUCGUACCAAAAAACCGGCAGAUCUGAAUCCGUCGGAUUACAAGAGCGGCAAGCUGAGGUCGGUGGUGGUGCCGUCUAAAGUGAUGACGCUGUUUCAAGAGAUGGCGCGUGGCAACACCGCGCGAAACGUCGAGACUUGCGGCGUGCUCGCCGGCAAGUUGGAACGCGACGAAUUGAUCAUCACCCACAUGAUUUUGCCUAAACAAAAGGGCACUUCGGAUUCUUGCGCGACCACUAACGAAGAGGAGAUAUUCGACUACCAGGACCAGCACAACCUGAUCACGAUCGGCUGGAUACACACCCACCCGACGCAGACGGCGUUCCUGUCCAGCGUCGACCUUCACACCCACUGCCCCUACCAGCUGCUGAUGCCUGAGGCGGUCGCCAUCGUCUGCGCCCCCAAGUACAGCGAGACCGGUUUUUUCAUACUGACGCCCAACUACGGGCUUCAGUAUGUCGCCAACUGCAGACAGUCCGGGUUCCACCCGCACCCGUCCGACCCGCCCCUGUUCAAGGUGGCCGAACACGUGAGAGUCAGCGGCGCAGCGACGCUGCAAGUCCUCGACCUUCGCAAAUAGGAGCACCCAAACCGCAGGAGGCGGAUGAAAGGGACAUAGUCUACAGUUGCACCAUGGGAUAGAGCUUCAAUAGAGGCGGGACGUCCUCGAAUUUUUGUUUUUACGGCACGUGUGUGUAGCUUUUGUAACGCAAUGAUUAAAAAAAAAAAUGCCGAUC